ACGUGGAUUUGUUUACAAGGCCGAAUUUGAAUUGAACGUAUCAUUUACAUCAGUUUUGAGAAGCAGAAAUGGCCACUAAACCUUUCAGACCGGAGGAGGCGCAAAGAAUACUGCAGAUUUUGGACAGGCCAGCGGUAUUCCUCAACAUGACAGAUGACUGGCCAGGACGGAACUGGACUCUGGAGCAUUUAGCAUCGUGUCUAGAAAAGUCUCUACGUUUUCGUAUUGGAACACACUGUGAACAGAAGAAACCCCUUUAUGAAACAGAGUGCUCGUACGUCGAAGCAACUUUUACAGAGUUUCUAAAUUGGACCAGGGGAGGAAGUGACUCUGCGUCUGUAGGGCAUUUUGCACACUGUCCAGUUUCGGAGUACUGGGCUUAUGCAGACUACAAAUACAUUGCUCUACUGUUUCAGGACAAGCCCAGCAUGUUUAAGGAUGUGUUGUGGUCAGAUUUUGGAUACCCAGGCCGUGAUGGUCGAGAGAGUACAAUCUGGGUUGGUACUAAUGGUGCAAAUACUCCAUGUCACCAGGACACUUAUGGAUGUAAUCUUGUCUUCCAAAUACAGGGCAGGAAACGGUGGCAUCUCUUUCCUCCUGAUGAUGCAGACUGUCUGUACCCAACACGUAUACCAUAUGAGGAGUCCAGUGUGUUCAGUCAGGUCAGUGUGGUGCAUCCAGAUUUGUGCAGAUUUCCGGCUUUCCGAAGAGCCAGAGCACACAUCGUCACACUGGAGCCAGGUCAGGUGCUGUUUGUCCCAAGACAUUGGUGGCAUUAUGUGGAAUCAGUCGACCCAGUAACUAUCAGCGUGAACUCCUGGAUUGAGAUGGAGAGUGAUGAUGAGGCCCGAAUAGGAGAGGCGCUUACCAAGACCAUCAUCUGUGCCCUAAAGACUACACCAAGUCUGGACAACAAAGACAGCUGGCUCAAUCCCACUGAGGACAAUAUUUCUCCACAUGAUGAAAACAUGCAGUACUUAAAUCUGGCUCUGAAGGCUUACAUGGAUAAAAGAAGUGCACAUGCUGAAGACGGGGUAAGAUGUGAAGACCAACUCGGUACCUCCUCUUCGAAGCGGGACUCCAGUGGUCAGUUAAAGACCUCAAUUCCCUUCGGACCUCACCUCAUUCCGGUAAUGUGUAGUGCGGAAAUGUCUCACAAACACUCGGCGACAAACAACAAAAAGACUUUGCUGGGAGAAGACGACGCACCACUUACCCCAAACAAAACGAAGCCCCUGCCAGUGGAUACACUUGAGAAAGAAGAGGUACUCAGGGGAUCCCAAAAGCCAAUAGACAAUGAAAUCGGUGGUGCCAAACAAGAACGUAUAUUAACCAAUGAUGUGCUGGACUGCCUCCUGCAUCCUGAUGUCAUUGGAAUGGUUAGAAGAUUAAUGAUUAACAGAGUAAAAGAGUCUAACUCAGAACAAAUAGCAGACAGUUAGAAUUUUACACUGUAUACACUGAUCAGUCAUAACAUUAAAACCACCUCCUUGUUUCUACUCCACUUACCAUAUAGGAGAACUUUGUAGUUCUACAAUUACUGACUGUAGUUCAUCUGUUUUUCUACAUACUUUUUAACCUGCUUUUACUCUGUUCUUCAAUGGCCAGGACCACCACAGAGCAGGUAUUAUUUAGGAGGUGGAUCAUUCUCAGCACUGCAGUGAAUUCAACAUGGUGGUGGAUGCUGCCCAUGGGGCGCUGUUGGCUGGAUAUAUUUUUGGUUGGUGGACUAUUUUCAGUCCAGCAGUGACAGUGAGGUGAUAAAAAAACUCCAUCAGCAUUGCUGUGUCUUAUCCACUCAUACCAGCACAACACACACUAACACACCACCACCAUGUCAGUGUCACUGCAGUGCUGAGAAUGAUCCACCACCCAAAUAAUACCUGAUGUGUAGUGGUCCUGUGGGGGUCCUGACCAUAAAGAAGGUUAACAAAGCAUGCAGAGAAAAAGAUGGACUACAGUCAGUAAUUGUAGAACUUCUAUAUGGUAAAGUGGAGCUGAUAAAAUGGACAAUGAGUGUAGAAACAAGAAGGUGGUUUUAAUGUUAUGGCUGAUCGGUGUAUAUUUAAUAUAAACUGUACAGUGAUUAAUAAAGACUUCAAAUAUUUUUGAGUGGACUUUAGUGUAAAAUAUUUUCUGCUGCAACAAU